GAGGGUGGGAGGGAGGAGGAAAAAUAAAGAGAGCCUAGCAGGGCUGAACAAUAGAGACAGGCAGACGGGCGAGGAGGAGAGCCAGCUGCCGCUGCUGAGGGAGAGCAGGCGCCCAGGCAGCUCGUACCCCGGCCCCGGCCAGACCGCAGGCGGCCAGCGCCCCCGGAGAAGGGGGACCAUGGGGGAGCCGGCGGCAGGCGCCCCCAGCCCUCCGCGCGCCUCUGCCUGAGGGAGCCUCGGCGUCCUCUGCCCGAGCCCUGCCGCCCCGGCCGGCCGGCCGCCCGCCCUUGAAGCCCGGUGUCCUCCGGGUCUGCGGCCGCGGCCGCUGCGCCCCGCGCCCUCCGCCCACAGGGCGCCGAGCAGCCCUCGGCCCCAGGCUUCGCCGGCCCCCGGCUGCCCGCGGACGCCCUCCCCCAGUCAUGAACCCCCCGGAGGGGGCAGCGGAGGAAGGAGGAGCCACCGACUCGGACGUGGACGCCUUUUUCCGGACAGGGUCUUUUCGGAAUGAUGGUUUGAAAGCUUCUGAUGUCCUUCCCAUCCUAAAGGAAAAAGUGGCCUUCGUGUCUGGGGGCCGUGAUAAGCGAGGUGGACCAAUCCUGACCUUCCCUGCUCGCAGCAAUCAUGACAGAAUAAGACAGGAAGACCUGCGGAAACUCGUGACCUAUCUGGCCAGCGUGCCAAGUGAGGACGUGUGCAAACGUGGCUUCACCGUCAUCAUCGACAUGCGGGGCUCCAAGUGGGACCUCAUCAAGCCGCUCCUCAAGACGCUGCAGGAAGCCUUUCCAGCCGAGAUCCAUGUGGCCCUCAUCAUCAAACCCGACAACUUCUGGCAGAAACAGAAGACCAACUUUGGCAGCUCCAAAUUCAUCUUCGAGACGAGCAUGGUGUCCGUGGAGGGCCUCACGAAGCUGGUGGACCCCUCCCAGCUGACAGAGGAGUUCGACGGCUCGCUGGAGUAUAACCACGAGGAGUGGAUCGAGCUGCGGCUCUCCCUGGAGGAGUUCUUCAACAGCGCCGUGCACCUGCUCUCGCGCCUCGAGGACCUGCAGGAGAUGCUGGCUCGGAAGGAGUUCCCCGUGGACGUGGAGGGCUCGCGGCGGCUCAUCGACGAGCACACACAGCUCAAGAAGAAGGUGCUCAAGGCCCCCGUGGAGGAGCUGGACCGGGAGGGGCAGCGGCUGCUGCAGUGCAUCCGCUGCAGCGACGGCUUCUCAGGGCGCAACUGCAUCCCGGGCAGCGCCGACUUCCAGAGCCUGGUGCCCAAGAUCACCAGCCUCCUGGACAAGCUGCACUCCACCCGGCAGCACCUGCACCAGAUGUGGCACGUGCGCAAGCUCAAACUGGACCAGUGCUUCCAGCUGCGGCUCUUCGAGCAGGAUGCUGAAAAGAUGUUCGACUGGAUAAGCCACAACAAGGAGUUAUUCCUCCAGAGCCAUACAGAGAUUGGAGUCAGCUACCAGCACGCCCUCGACCUCCAGACGCAGCACAAUCACUUCGCCAUGAACUCCAUGGUGAGUAAUACUUACACCAAUGCGGACAAGCUCCUAGAAGCGGCAGAGCAGCUGGCUCAGACGGGGGAAUGUGACCCGGAGGAGAUCUACAAGGCGGCUCGGCAUCUGGAGGUGCGCAUCCAAGACUUCGUGCGUAGGGUGGAGCAGCGGAAGCUUCUGCUGGACAUGUCCGUCUCCUUCCACACUCACACCAAAGAGCUGUGGACAUGGAUGGAAGACCUUCAGAAGGAGAUGCUGGAGGAUGUCUGUGCAGACUCUGUGGAUGCGGUCCAGGAACUGAUCAAGCAGUUCCAGCAGCAGCAGACCGCUACUCUGGAUGCUACACUCAACGUCAUCAAGGAGGGCGAAGACCUUAUCCAGCAGCUCAGGUCAGCGCCUCCCUCCCUGGGGGAGCCCAGCGAGGCCAGGGACUCGGCUGUGUCCAGCAACAAGACGCCCCACGGUAGCUCCAUCAGCCACAUCGAGUCGGUGCUGCAGCAGCUCGACGACGCCCAGGUGCAGAUGGAGGAGCUGUUCCAUGAGCGAAAGAUCAAGCUGGACAUCUUCCUGCAGCUGCGCAUCUUUGAGCAGUACACCAUUGAGGUGACGGCAGAGCUAGACGCCUGGAAUGAGGACUUGCUUCGGCAGAUGAACGACUUCAACACGGAGGAUCUGACGCUGGCGGAGCAGCGGCUGCAGCGCCACACGGAGCGGAAGCUGGCCAUGAACAACAUGACCUUCGAAGUCAUCCAGCAGGGCCAGGAUCUGCACCAGUACAUCAUGGAGGUCCAGGCCUCAGGAAUUGAGUUAAUCUGUGAAAAAGACAUUGAUCUGGCAGCCCAGGUGCAAGAGCUGUUGGAGUUUCUCCAGGAGAAGCAGCACGAGUUGGAGCUCAACGCGGAGCAGACCCAUGAGCGGCUCGAGCAGUGUCUCCAACUGCGGCACCUCCAGGCGGAGGUCAGACAGGUCCUGGGAUGGAUCCGCAAUGGGGAGUCGAUGCUCAACGCCAGCCUGGUCAAUGCCAGCUCUUUGUCGGAAGCAGAGCAGCUGCAGCGGGAACACGAGCAGUUCCAACUGGCCAUCGAGUCCCUCUUUCAUGCCACUUCCUUGCAGAAGACACACCAGAGUGCCCUGCAGGUACAGCAGAAAGCUGAGGCGCUGCUCCAGGCUGGCCACUACGACGCGGAUGCCAUCCGGGAAUGUGCUGAGAAGGUGGCCCUCCACUGGCAGCAGCUUAUGCUGAAGAUGGAAGACCGGCUGAAACUGGUCAACGCCUCAGUGGCCUUUUACAAAACUUCCGAGCAGGUCUGUAGUGUCCUGGAGAGCUUAGAGCAAGAAUACCGGAGAGAUGAGGACUGGUGUGGUGGACGAGAUAAAUUGGGGCCAGCAGCAGAGAUCGACCACGUCAUUCCACUCAUCAGUAAACAUUUGGAACAAAAGGAGGCCUUUCUUAAGGCCUGCACCCUGGCACGGCGGAACGCUGAGGUCUUUCUCAAGUACAUCCACAGGAACAAUGUCAGCAUGCCCAGUGCCGCCAGCCACACCCGAGGACCCGAGCAGCAAGUGAAAGCCAUCCUGAGUGAGCUCUUACAGAGGGAGAACCGUGUCCUGCACUUCUGGACCUUGAAGAAGCGGCGGUUAGACCAGUGCCAGCAAUACGUGGUGUUUGAGCGAAGCGCCAAGCAGGCGCUAGACUGGAUCCAAGAAACAGGUGAAUAUUACCUCUCAACACAUACCUCCACGGGGGAGACUGCAGAGGAGACUCAGGAGCUGCUGAAGGAAUAUGGGGAGUUCAGGGUGCCUGCCAAGCAAACAAAGGAGAAGGUGAAACUCCUGAUUCAGCUGGCCGAUAGCUUUGUGGAAAAAGGCCACAUUCAUGCCACAGAGAUCAGGAAAUGGGUGACCACGGUGGACAAGCAUUACAGAGAAUUCUCCUUGAGGAUGGGAAAGUACCGGUACUCUCUGGAGAAAGCCCUUGGAGUCAACACAGAGGAUAACAAGGACCUAGAGCUGGAUAUCAUCCCAGCAAGCCUUUCAGAUCGUGAGGUCAAGCUCCGGGACGCCAACCAUGAGGUCAAUGAAGAGAAGCGGAAAUCAGCCCGGAAGAAAGAAUUCAUUAUGGCGGAACUGCUUCAGACAGAGAAGGCUUAUGUGAGGGACUUACACGAGUGCUUGGAGACCUACCUGUGGGAAAUGACCAGUGGUGUGGAGGAGAUCCCCCCUGGGAUCCUUAAUAAGGAGCAUAUCAUCUUUGGCAACAUCCAGGAGAUCUACGAUUUUCAUAACAACAUCUUCCUCAAGGAGCUGGAGAAGUAUGAGCAGCUGCCUGAGGAUGUGGGACACUGCUUUGUUACCUGGGCAGACAAAUUUCAGAUGUACGUCACCUACUGUAAAAACAAGCCUGAUUCCAACCAGCUGAUCCUGGAGCAUGCAGGCACCUUCUUUGAUGAGAUACAGCAGCGGCAUGGUCUGGCGAACUCCAUCUCUUCCUACCUAAUUAAGCCCGUCCAGAGGAUCACUAAGUACCAGCUGCUCCUGAAGGAACUUUUAACUUGCUGUGAAGAAGGGAAAGGGGAGCUCAAGGAUGGCCUGGAGGUGAUGCUCAGUGUCCCAAAGAAAGCCAAUGAUGCCAUGCACGUCAGCAUGCUGGAAGGGUUCGACGAGAACCUGGACGUGCAGGGGGAGCUGAUUCUGCAGGAUGCCUUUCAAGUGUGGGACCCCAAGUCGCUGAUCCGGAAGGGGCGCGAGCGACACCUGUUCCUCUUUGAGAUCUCCUUGGUUUUCAGCAAGGAGAUCAAAGACUCUUCAGGACACACAAAAUAUGUUUACAAGAACAAGCUACUGACCUCAGAGCUGGGUGUGACGGAGCACGUAGAGGGCGAUCCCUGCAAAUUCGCCUUGUGGUCUGGGCGCACCCCAUCCUCAGACAAUAAAACAGUGCUGAAAGCCUCCAACAUAGAAACCAAGCAGGAAUGGAUCAAGAACAUACGCGAGGUGAUUCAAGAGAGGAUCAUUCACCUGAAAGGAGCUUUAAAGGAGCCAAUUCAGCUCCCCAAAACACCAGCCAAACAGAGGAACAAUAGUAAGAGGGAUGGAGUGGAGGAUGUUGACAGCCAGGGGGACGGGAGCAGCCAGCCAGACACCAUCUCCAUUGCCUCUAGGACCUCUCAGAACACAGUGGACAGUGACAAGCUCUCUGGCGGCUGUGAGUUGACCGUGGUCCUCCAGGACUUCAACGCAGGCCACAGCAGCGAGCUGAGCAUCCAGGUGGGACAGACAGUGGAACUGCUGGAGCGGCCGAGCGAACGGCCGGGCUGGUGUCUGGUCCGCACCACGGAACGGAGUCCCCCGCAGGAGGGCCUGGUCCCCAGCAGCGCCCUGUGCAUCUCCCACUCCCGAAGCAGCGUGGAGAUGGACUGCUUCUUCCCCUUGGUGAAAGAUGCGUACUCUCAUUCAAGUGAAAACGGAGGCAAGUCCGAGUCGGUGGCCAACCUGCAGGCCCAGCCCUCCCUGAACUCCAUCCACAGUUCCCCUGGGCCCAAGCGCUCCACCAACACCCUGAAGAAGUGGCUGACGAGUCCCGUGCGGCGGCUCAACAGCGGGAAGGCAGACGGAAACAUCAAGAAGCAGAAGAAAGUACGAGAUGGUCGGAAGAGCUUCGACCUGGGAUCUCCCAAGCCUGGGGAUGAGACGACCCCUCAGGGAGACAGCGCUGACGAGAGCAAGAAAGGUUGGGGUGAAGAUGAGCCAGAUGAAGAGUCACACACACCCCUCCCUCCACCUAUGAAGAUCUUUGACAACGACCCCACGCAGGAUGAGAUGUCCUCCUCUUUGCUAGCAGCCCGGCAGGCUUCCACCGAAGUACCUACUGCUGCAGACCUUGUCAGUGCAAUAGAACAGUUGGUCAAAAGCAAGCUGAGUCUGGAAGGAGGCUCGUACCGGGGGAGCUUGAAAGACCCCACAGGCUGCCUGAAUGAGGGCAUGACCCCACCCACACCUCCUAGAAACCUGGAAGAAGAACAGAAAGCCAAGGCCCUGAGAGGCAGGAUGUUUGUCCUGAAUGAACUGGUACAGACAGAGAAAGACUAUGUCAAGGAUCUGGGGAUUGUGGUAGAGGGCUUCAUGAAGAGAAUAGAAGAAAAGGGUGUCCCUGAGGACAUGCGAGGAAAGGAUAAAAUCGUGUUUGGAAAUAUUCACCAGAUUUAUGAUUGGCAUAAGGAUGUUUUCCUGGGUGAACUGGAAAAAUGUAUCCAGGAGCAAGACAGACUGGCACAGCUCUUUAUUAAAUAUGAGCGGAAGCUGCACAUCUACGUGUGGUACUGCCAGAAUAAGCCGCGCUCCGAGUACAUCGUCGCUGAGUACGAUGCCUACUUUGAAGAGGUGAAACAGGAGAUAAGUCAAAGGCUGACACUUAGCGACUUCCUUAUCAAGCCCAUUCAGAGAAUAACAAAAUAUCAGCUGCUCCUCAAGGACUUCCUGAGAUACAGCGAGAAGGCUGGUUUGGAGUGUUCUGAUAUCGAGAAAGCAGUGGAGUUAAUGUGCCUUGUUCCAAAACGCUGCAACGACAUGAUGAAUCUGGGGCGCCUGCAGGGCUUUGAGGGCACCCUGACGGCUCAGGGCAAGCUGCUGCAGCAGGAUACAUUCUACGUGAUUGAGCUGGAUGCCGGCAUGCAGUCGCGGACCAAGGAGAGGCGUGUGUUCCUCUUUGAGCAAAUUGUCAUCUUCAGUGAACUGCUCAGGAAGGGAUCCCUCACCCCAGGCUACAUGUUCAAAAGGAGCAUCAAGAUGAAUUACUUGGUCCUGGAGGAGAACGUGGACAAUGACCCCUGCAAGUUUGCACUCAUGAACAGGGAGACUUCGGAGAGGGUCAUCCUGCAAGCCGCCAACGCUGAUAUCCAGCAGGCCUGGGUGCAGGACAUCAAUCAAGUCUUAGAAACACAGCGAGACUUCUUAAAUGCCCUACAGUCGCCCAUUGAAUAUCAGCGGAAAGAAAGGAACACAGCUGUGAUAAGGUCCCAGCCUGCUAGGGUUCCCCAAGCCGGCCCCAGGCCUUACUCCUCCAUCCCCGUGGGCUCCGAGAAGCCCCCAAAGGGCUCCAGCUGUAACCCGCCUCUGCCACCCCUGAAGAUAUCUACCUCCAAUGGCAGUUCGGGGUUUGACUACCACCAGGCUGGGGACAAGUUUGAGGCCAGCAAGAGCGACCUGGGAGGCUGCAAUGGGGUCUCAUCCAUGGCCGUGAUCAAAGAUUACUAUGCACUGAAGGAGAACGAAAUCUGUGUGAGCCAAGGUGAGGUGGUCCAGGUCCUUGCCAUCAACCAGCAGAACAUGUGCCUGGUGUACCAGCCCGCCAGCGACCACUCCCCCGCCGCCGAGGGCUGGGUCCCAGGCAACAUCCUGGCACCCCUCACCAAAGCCACGGCAGCCGCAGAAAAUAGUGACGGGAGCAUCAAGAAGUCAUGUUCAUGGCAUACUCUACGCAUGAGAAAGCGGGCGGAAGUGGAGAACACGGGUAAAAAUGAAGCCACAGGGCCUCGUAAACCCAAGGAUAUUCUGGGCAACAAAGUCUCUGUUAAAGAGACGAACAGUUCCGAGGAGUCAGAGUGUGAUGAUCUUGACCCUAAUACUAGCAUGGAGAUCUUAAAUCCAAAUUUCAUCCAAGAAGUGGCGCCAGAAUUCCUUGUGCCCUUAGUGGAUGUGACCUGCUUGCUUGGGGACACAGUGACACUGCAGUGCAAAGUCUGUGGGCGGCCAAAGCCCACCAUCACCUGGAAGGGUCCAGACCAGAACAUCCUUGACACUGACAACAGCUCAGCUACGUACACCGUCUCCUCCUGUGAUUCCGGGGAAAUCACCCUGAAAAUCUGCAAUCUGAUGCCCCAAGACAGCGGUAUUUAUACCUGCAUAGCAGCAAAUGACCACGGCACCGCAUCAACGUCUGCUACCGUUAAAGUGCAAGGUGUUCCAGCGGCCCCUAACCGCCCCAUUGCCCAGGAGAGAAGCUGCACCUCCGUGAUUCUCCGCUGGCUGCCCCCAUCCAGCACGGGAAACUGCACUAUUUCUGGUUACACUGUGGAGUACAGAGAGGAAGGUUCCCAGGCCUGGCAGCAGUCGGUAGCGUCGACCUUGGACACUUACCUUGUCAUUGAGGACCUCAGUCCUGGGAGUCCUUAUCAGUUCAGAGUCAGUGCCAGUAACCCCUGGGGGAUCAGCCUUCCCAGCGAGCCCUCAGAGUUCGUGCGACUUCCAGAAUACGAUGCUGCUGCCGACGGUGCCCCCAUUUCUUGGAAGGAAAAUUUCGAUUCAGCUUAUACGGAGCUGAAUGAAAUUGGAAGAGGCCGGUUCUCCAUAGUAAAGAAGUGCAUUCACAAAGCUACUCGCAAAGAUGUUGCUGUGAAAUUUGUUAGCAAAAAAAUGAAGAAAAAAGAGCAGGCUGCCCACGAGGCUGCCCUACUUCAGCACCUGCAGCAUCCCCAAUACAUCACUCUCCAUGACACCUAUGAGUCCCCCACUUCCUACAUCCUGAUUUUGGAACUGAUGGAUGACGGCCGACUCUUAGACUACCUUAUGAAUCAUGAUGAGCUGAUGGAAGAAAAAGUAGCUUUCUACAUACGAGACAUCAUGGAAGCCCUGCAGUACCUUCACAACUGCAGGGUUGCACAUUUGGACAUAAAGCCUGAAAACCUGCUCAUUGACCUUCGGAUUCCAGUGCCUCGAGUGAAGCUCAUUGACUUAGAGGACGCUGUCCAGAUCUCAGGUCACUUCCACAUCCACCACCUGCUUGGGAACCCUGAGUUUGCUGCCCCAGAAGUGAUCCAAGGCAUCCCUGUGUCCCUGGGCACUGAUAUCUGGAGCAUCGGGGUUUUGACAUAUGUCAUGCUGAGCGGGGUCUCCCCCUUCUUGGAUGAGAGCAAGGAGGAGACAUGUAUCAACGUAUGCAGGGUGGAUUUCAGCUUCCCCCAUGAGUACUUCUGUGGCGUGAGCAAUGCUGCCAGAGAUUUCAUCAAUGUGAUCCUACAGGAAGACUUUCGGAGGCGGCCCACGGCAGCCACCUGCCUGCAGCAUCCAUGGCUGCAGCCCCACAACGGCAGCUACUCCAAAAUCCCCCUGGACACCUCCCGCCUGGCAUGCUUCAUAGAGCGCCGCAAGCACCAGAACGACGUUCGGCCUAUUCCCAACGUCAAGAGCUACAUUGUCAACCGGGUAAACCAAGGGACGUAGCCAUCUCCCAGCCCUCGAGGUUUCACAUGGAAGUGCAGUGUGAACCAAAGCAAGACUGAAUGUGUCUGUAAAUAAUUCUGUUCAUUAUUUCACUCCACGUGGUUUUCUGGAUUGAGAGAUGUACCUCUUAAACCCCUUCAGUGGUUUUUCAGGGUCUGAGCAGCAGUAAAAUCACCCUAAAUCCAGGGACUUUUCAGAAGGUCAUCCGGAAGAGAUACAGAUGCAAAGAGUCACGGAAAGUAUUCAAAAGAGAGGCAAAGAUAAGAAGAAUAGCAGCUGUUAUGAAAUUUUAAUUGCGUGUUCCAAAAUGAGUGGUUAACUGGGCAAAACUUCAGCUCACUGACGUGAGUAUAAAACGUUUCCGCCUUUGCUGAAAUUUUAAGCAAAAAGUUCUAUUUAACAGAGAUGUCAUGUAUGUCAACUAUACUGGAUUAGAUUACUUAGAUAUAGUUUCUUAAUAGGAUACAUGUACACAUACAGUAAAAUAUAUUGCAUUCAGCUUUCAGAGUUUUAUAAUAUAGAGAUAUAUAUGAAAUCAAUCAUAAGUAACUUUGGCAGAGUACUCCAGUUAAGACAGUGACUUAUUUACUGAAGCAUUACAUUGUUUUGACUAAGCACAAUUAGAUGACAGGUUUUUUAGAGCAUUUUAUAAACCUUGUAUAGAACUCUUUUACCAGAACCUGUGCAUUAAGAGAUAGCAAUGUUACCCUUUCACAAUCUGUGAAGAGAAGAUUUUUCUCUCAGUCACAGGUAUUUGACUAACCUAGGUUCUGUUUAUGAAAUGCUACCCCAGAUUCACUGGCAGCUCAGAGUUCAUCUGGCAGGAAAGCCUGCCAGGAAAUAAGUCCAAAUACAGUAAGAGGUGUGGGGCUAUUUUUUAUGUCUACACUUGGUUUGAAAUAGGUAACAAAUAAAACAGGUUCAUACAAAAGUGCAAAUAGAAACCUUUCCUACAGUUCCUGUGAACAACAUAACAAUGCUUUCUGAUGUCUUCUGCCACUGCAGAAUGCAGUCCUCCAAAAACUGGCCUGCUUUAUUUCUAACCCCUUAUGGAAGUGAAGGGGUGCUUACCAAAAGGAGGCAGCCAUAUAGGCCUUUUAAAGGCCUGGUCCCAAGUCCUUUCUGAAGCCAUGGAAUAAAAUCUGAUACAUCACCCUAACAGAGCAUUGAGUUUUAACUGUGAUUGCAAUAUCUAUCACCACUCAGCCACCAAUAUUUCCCUGGGCUAAAAGGACUAAUUGCACUUUGAGGCCAACGCUGCUUUCUGGUGUAUAUUCUCUGUACAAGAUGAUUAUGAACUGCCCUUUUUUCCACUGGUGGGAAAAAAAAAUUAAACCUGGGCAUUUCAUGGUUUUUUCUUCCUUUCUUUCUUUCUUUUUUUUUUUUGGUUUUUGGGAAAGAGUUUUUGUUUUUGUAUGUGUACAUGAUCCACCCUUUGUUUCCGAGAAUGUUUUUUAAAUUGCUGUUAUGCAAAUGAUAUUUUAAAAAUAUAACUUAACUGUUUGUCCAGAUCAGGUUUAAUGGCAUCGCUUCUCUCCUGUAGUAGGAUUGAGAAAAUUAAAAUCAUGCAGCACAGAAGUGCAAGCAGAAAGUUUAUGAAGGAUAAAUAGAACUACAAACCUAUCUUAAUGAAGAGGAACGGUGGAAACUAAGACUGAACUUUAAUAUAUAAAAACACUUAUUCCCACAGUGGAAAUGUAGAAUUAAAAAUACUCAUCAUUCUUUUCCAUUGGUAUCAAAGUCAAUUUCCUCAUCCACCCUCCACCUCAUCCCAUCCAAGAUUAUAGAUUAAUAAAUUAGUAGAAAGUACAAGCAAUAAGACUAGAUAGCACUUAUGUAUUUUCAGGAUUAACCAAAUAUGUGGAAACUGACUCCGACUGUAUUUGUUUCCUAGUUUUCAUAUGGCCCUGGGUCAUCAAGGCUCCCUUCCUCAGAGCUCUCUCUUGACUAACCCUUCAUAUUCUUCAUUCAAACCCAUAGGUAUAUACAAAUACUAUAUGAUACAAUAUUUUGAAAUAUAAAACAUAUUUACUAAAAACUCUUUUAGUAAACAUGUCUUCAUUAUAAGAUACAACAAAAAAGAAGAAAGCCUGGUCCCUAGGGCACAUCAUGGGAUGGAUUACAGGCACUGAGGAUUCCAAGUAUC